GCGGCGGCGGGGCCCGGAGCGGGAGGCGCCGGGGAACGGAGCGAGGCAGCCCCUGUCGCCGCCAUGGAGGCGCUGGGACCCGGACCUCCAGCCAGCCUCUUCCAGCCACCUCGUCGUCCUGGCCUUGGAACUGUGGGGAAGCCAAUUCGACUGUUAGCCAAUCAUUUUCAGGUUCAGAUCCCUAAAAUAGAUGUGUAUCACUAUGAUGUGGAUAUUAAACCAGAAAAACGGCCUCGUAGAGUCAACAGGGAGGUAGUAGACACUAUGGUGCGACACUUCAAGAUGCAGAUAUUUGGGGAUCGGCAGCCCGGCUAUGAUGGCAAAAGAAACAUGUACACAGCACAUCCACUGCCAAUUGGACGGGACAGGGUUGACAUGGAGGUGACCCUUCCAGGUGAGGGUAAAGACCAAACUUUCAAAGUGUCUGUGCAGUGGGUGUCAGUUGUGAGCCUUCAGUUGCUUUUGGAAGCUUUAGCUGGGCACCUGAAUGAAGUCCCGGACGACUCAGUACAAGCACUUGACGUUAUUACAAGGCAUCUCCCCUCUAUGAGGUACACUCCUGUGGGCCGUUCUUUUUUCUCACCUCCUGAAGGUUAUUACCACCCUCUGGGAGGCGGCAGAGAAGUCUGGUUCGGCUUUCACCAGUCUGUGAGACCUGCCAUGUGGAAUAUGAUGCUCAAUAUUGAUGUAUCUGCAACUGCUUUCUACCGGGCCCAGCCUAUCAUUGAGUUCAUGUGUGAGGUUUUAGAUAUUCAGAACAUCAAUGAACAAACGAAACCUCUAACAGACUCCCAGCGUGUGAAGUUUACCAAAGAAAUUAGAGGUCUCAAAGUUGAGGUGACUCACUGUGGACAGAUGAAACGAAAAUACAGAGUUUGUAAUGUGACAAGACGACCAGCCAGUCAUCAAACCUUUCCUUUGCAGCUAGAAAAUGGUCAAGCUAUGGAAUGUACAGUAGCUCAGUAUUUUAAGCAAAAGUAUAGUCUGCAGCUGAAGUACCCCCAUCUUCCCUGCCUUCAAGUGGGACAAGAACAAAAGCAUACAUACUUGCCACUUGAGGUCUGUAAUAUAGUGGCAGGACAGAGAUGUAUAAAGAAGCUCACAGACAAUCAGACAUCCACAAUGAUCAAAGCCACAGCAAGAUCUGCUCCUGACAGACAGGAGGAGAUCAGUAGAUUGGUAAAGAGCAACAGCAUGGUGGGUGGGCCUGACCCACACCUGCAGGAGUUUGGGAUCGUUGUCCACAGUGAGAUGACGGAGCUCACAGGCAGGGUGCUUCCUGCUCCUAUGCUGCAGUACGGAGGCCGGAAUAAAACAGUAGCCACACCCAACCAGGGUGUCUGGGACAUGCGAGGAAAGCAGUUUUAUGCUGGCAUUGAGAUUAAAGUUUGGGCAGUGGCUUGUUUUGCGCCUCAGAAACAAUGUAGGGAAGAUUUACUAAAGAGUUUCACUGACCAGCUUCGUAAAAUCUCCAAGGACGCAGGAAUGCCCAUCCAGGGUCAGCCGUGUUUCUGCAAGUACGCACAAGGUGCAGACAGUGUGGAGCCCAUGUUUAAACAUCUGAAAAUGACAUAUGUGGGCCUGCAGCUGAUAGUGGUUAUCUUGCCUGGAAAGACACCAGUAUAUGCGGAGGUGAAGCGUGUUGGAGAUACCCUUUUAGGUAUGGCCACACAGUGUGUCCAGGUCAAAAAUGUUGUGAAGACCUCACCCCAAACCCUUUCCAACCUUUGCCUGAAGAUAAACGCAAAGCUUGGAGGAAUUAACAAUGUACUUGUACCUCAUCAAAGGCCUUCUGUGUUCCAUCAGCCUGUCAUUUUCCUGGGAGCAGAUGUCACUCAUCCGCCUGCUGGGGAUGGAAAGAAGCCCUCUAUCGCAGCUGUGGUGGGCAGCAUGGACGGCCACCCCAGCCGGUAUUGUGCCACAGUUCGGGUGCAGACGUCUCGGCAGGAGAUUGCUCAGGAGCUCCUCUACAGUCAGGAGGUUGUGCAGGAUCUGACAAGCAUGACUCGGGAGCUACUGAUUCAGUUCUACAAGUCCACACGCUUCAAGCCCACUCGUAUUAUCUACUACCGUGGAGGGGUGUCCGAGGGACAGAUGAAACAGGUAGCUUGGCCGGAGCUAUUAGCAAUUCGAAAGGCAUGUAUAAGCUUGGAGGAAGACUAUCGGCCUGGAAUAACCUACAUUGUGGUGCAAAAGAGACAUCACACUCGACUCUUCUGUGCAGAUAAAACAGAAAGGGUGGGGAAAAGUGGCAAUGUCCCAGCAGGCACUACAGUGGACAGUACCAUCACACAUCCAUCUGAGUUUGACUUUUACCUCUGUAGUCAUGCAGGAAUUCAGGGAACCAGCCGUCCUUCACAUUACCAGGUCUUGUGGGAUGACAACUGCUUCACUGCAGAUGAACUCCAGCUACUGACUUACCAGCUCUGUCACACCUACGUGAGGUGCACGCGCUCGGUCUCCAUUCCUGCCCCUGCAUAUUAUGCCCGGCUGGUAGCAUUUCGGGCAAGGUAUCAUUUGGUGGAUAAAGAUCAUGACAGUGCGGAAGGCAGUCAUGUGUCAGGACAGAGCAACGGCCGGGACCCUCAGGCCUUGGCUAAGGCUGUGCAGAUCCACCAUGAUACCCAGCACACUAUGUAUUUUGCCUGAGAGUCUUGGAAAAGAACUCAACCAAUUCGGCGUCCCACACAUCCUCAAAUGUUUCAGAUGCCUACUGCCUCUAGAUAGUGCCACGUUGAUUUCAAGUGGUCCCUACUAGCAGCUCGGAAUAGAUAGUUGCACUGAAUCUGUACUUUGCAGCCCUGUCUGGUGCAUCAACAAAACUGAGCCAUUUAAAAAAAAAAAAA